AUGGAUGAUGACAGUCCUUUACUUGAUAAUCACGAUAUAAUAGAACCUUUGAAUGAACGUAAUGAUCCUAAGUCAAUCGAAUCACUUCGAGAAUGGUUUAUAUGGUCUUAUUUAAAUGUUAUCUUUGGUUUAGUUAUAUUAGGUGUCAUAGCCAUUGGAUGUUCUUUACGUACUAAUAAAUUUAAAGGACGACAAAAUUAUGAAAAAGCAAGAAAAUGGUCGUAUAUUACAUUGAUUGUUAACUGUAUAGCAACAUUAAGUGGUUUAACUAUUUUUGCAUAUCUCAUCUACUUAAUGUCUCAUUCUAUCUUAAUAGAACAAAAACAAAUGAUCGGAAAAAAUAAUAUUGUUGGUCUUAUCCAUCCAAAAUAA